AAGUGUGUAAAACAUUCGAAAAUUAAGAGUAAGAAAUAUGUGUAAUCUAAGCAAGUUUUACCAUAAGUAACUAGUACUUUGAAUAGAUCGCUACAAUUUGAAGAAAAUGUCUUCUAUUACGAAACAAGUGUUAGUACUUCUUGUUAUCUACAUCUUCCAUGUACAUCAUGCAUUCGAAAUAGAACCUUGGGCACAAUUUUACAACGAUAAACUUGGAUUAAGUUAUACAGAAAUCAGAAAACUGGAAAAGUAUUUUACCGAUCAAUUUCAUGAGGUUGGAGAGGAAUUUACAAAUAAAUUUGGAAAACUUGACAAGGGAUGCGAUCAUCUAAUUGUUCAUGCCAAUAAAUAUUUCAUUAAGUUUACUGAAUCAUCUGAAGAAGCUCUUUUAAAAAUAUGUAACGUUAAAAGCAAACUGCGAAAACUUCUUAAAAUGAAUCCAAACUGCCCGUCUAAUUUAAGAGAAUACCUGAAGGAUUAUCUUUAUAAAUUAUUUUUUGACCAAAUAACUAUUUGCUUAAAUAAAAAAACUAUUGAACCAUCGGUAGAGGAGAAUUCUGAUUCUAAAAGUGUUAGGAGCAAUGAGUUAGAUUCUCAAAGUGUCAGAAGCGAUGAGCUAGAUUCUCGAAAUGUCAUGAGCGAGGAUUUAGAUUCUACAUUUUAAUACACUAUUCUAUUUACUAUAGAACAUUGAAAAUAUGUUUGAAGGUUGUAGAAAAAUUAUGUAACUUGUGGAAAUCGUUAAUAAAAGAGAAUUAAAUAAG